UAUUUUAUAGUGAUAAUUUACCAUAUUGUCACAACAUAAAGAUUGAGACAUUCUGGUGUAAUCUGCCUCUCUAUAAACAUGUGGAAAUGAUAAAUGAAAACAAAUAUUCUUGGGCACAUAGAAUGGAUCUCUCAGAACACAAGCGCAAACGAAUAUGUCAGUGCUCACAGAAAUUUAAGGGAAAUGUGAUGCCUGUGUCCCAGCCAGUGCGUGCUAAGAGUUUGUUACGCGCAAACUUAGAAAAUUCUCGCGGGCGACUUUUACAGAGCAGAAUGCCAAACAUUAAAGUCUUCAGUGGCACAUCGCAUCCAGAUUUGGCUCAACGUAUCGUUGACAGACUCGGUAUUGACAUUGGAAAAGUUGUCACGAAGAAAUUUAGUAACCUCGAAACAUGCGUGGAAAUAGGAGAAUCUGUUCGUGGAGAAGAUGUAUACAUUGUACAAAGUGGAAGUGGAGAAGUAAAUGACAACUUGAUGGAAUUAUUGAUUAUGAUCAAUGCAUGUAAAAUUGCUUCUGCAUCUCGAGUAACUGCUGUAAUUCCUUGUUUCCCGUAUGCAAGACAAGAUAAGAAGGAUAAGGGUGGUGAUGGACGUGACAACAGAAAUUCUAAGAAACAAAUUAUCAUGAAGUCAAACGAGUGGAAAUUCAGGGAUUUUGUGCCCGACCUCUCUACAAGUCGUGCGCCUAUUUCAGCAAAGUUAGUAGCAAAUAUGUUGUCAGUAGCAGGAGCUGAUCACAUUAUUACAAUGGAUUUGCAUGCUAGUCAAAUACAAGGAUUUUUUGACAUUCCAGUUGACAACUUAUUUGCUGAACCAGCUGUUUUGAAAUGGAUUAAAGAAAACAUUAUAGAAUGGCGAAAUAGCAUCAUUGUUUCUCCAGAUGCUGGUGGUGCUAAAAGGGUAACAUCUAUUGCUGAUCGAUUAAAUGUUGAAUUUGCUCUUAUACAUAAAGAAAGGAAAAAGGCGAAUGAAGUUGCUAGUAUGGUAUUAGUUGGAGAUGUAAAAGACAGAGUUGCUAUUCUAGUAGACGACAUGGCCGACACUUGUGGCACUAUUUGUCAUGCAGCAGAAAAGCUUUUAGAAGCUGGAGCAACAAAAGUAUAUGCCAUUUUAACACAUGGAAUUUUUAGUGGCCCAGCGAUUAGUAGAAUUAACAAUGCAUGUUUUGAAGCUGUGGUAGUAACAAAUACCAUUCCUCAAGACGGCCAUAUGCAGGAUUGCCCAAAGAUACAGUGUAUUGAUGUAUCAAUGAUGUUCGCUGAGGCUGUAAGGCGGACUCAUAACGGUGAAUCUGUAUCGUACCUGUUUUCAAAUGUACCGUACUAGAUGAAAAUCUUCCUGAUAAUAUACUCUUUCAAACUAUGUAAGAAGAAUGUAUCUUUUUACAUCUGUUUAUUGUUAUUCUUAGUUUAGUUUAAACUAAUUUGCUUAUAAAAGCGACUUGGGAUAAGCACCAAUAUCCCGUUUUUAAUUUGGUUAACUAUACAUAUUUUUUUUUCGAUAGACAUGUGUAGAAAGUAAAACAUUAAAUAGCUAAAACAUACUAUAUUAUCCAUUUCGAAAAACAAAAAAAAAAAGUUAAUAAGUAAUAUAUACAAAAAGAAGUUACAAAGUAAAAUUGCUUAAAAAUAAUUAAAUUUUCGCUAGAUUGUCAUUUAAUAUACAAAAUACAUCAUUUUCCCAUUUAGGACAUAUAGCUAUUAUAUUGUUUAACUUAAAUUUUAUAAUUUGUUAUUGAGAUAUGAAAUGACAUAAUGAUCCUGACAGUUGUGUAAAACUGUAUGAGGACAAAGGGUAUCGUAACGAGUGCAAGUAGCCAUUUAUACGAGCUAUAUAUAUAUAUAUAUUAUAUAUAUAUAAUUAAUUACGCCGUAGAGGCAUAUCUCAUUUUUUACAGACAUGUAAAAAUUUGCAAUAUGUAUGUACAAUUUAUCAACUGAUAAGCACGUCAGAAUAAUUAACUUUUACAGCUCUAGUAUGAUGUAUUAUAAUAUUCUAAUACACUGUGUACUACGUUGUAUACAAUAGAAAAAUGACGUCAAAAAGA